AGAUCCAUUGUUUUUCAGAGUAGCGCCCCCACCCAAACAGACAAGAUAAAUAUGACUGUUGUGUAAGUGGACAUAAGUCAGAGUCACGUGACUGAUAACAGGUGUGAGAGAUAAACGCUUAAUACCUGAGCUCGAGGAGAAAUUUUGCCACGCCACGACAGGAGCGACAUUUUGAGCAGACAGGCGUAUUUUUGAGCAUUUUGCGCCACCUUGUGAGUGAACCGUUCUCUCAGCAGAGCUUCCAGCCAAAGAUGGUGUCGUUAAUGUGCACUCUUCAGCAGCACACCGACGAGGUGAGCUGUUGUGCCUUCUCCCACUCCCUGCUGGCCACCUCCUCCGGCGAUAAAACCCUCCGUGUGUACAAAACGCCGGGCUUCUCGGAGCUCCCCUUCUCGCCUCUCUCGGGUCAUGACUACGGGGUUCACUGCUGCUGUUUCAGCUCGUGCGGAAGUUUCCUGCUCAGCUGCUCCACAGACGGCUCCGUUAUCGUGAGGAGCUCGGAGACAGGUGAGGUGACAGCGGUGCUGCGACACCCGGGCCGAAGUCCGCUCCGAGUGUGCGCAAUGGCCCCGGACUCCUCCCACCUGCUGGCAGGGGCCUGUGACGGCACUGUGGCCCUGUGGGAUUUCUCCUCUAAAGCACUGAGCAGAUGCAGUGCUGCUAGUGAAGCCAGUGUUGUGGCCUGCUGCUUCUCUCCCUGUGGUCAGAUGUUUGUGACAGGCUGCACCAACGGUGACCUCAGACUCUGGGACGUGAUGGACAUGAACCUGCUGCACGCUGAGAAGGAUGCCCACGACCUGGGAGUCACCUGCUGCAGCUCUGCAGCACAACUCAACGUCGAUGGCUGCUGUGUGGAGUUUCGACUGGCCUCCUGUGGGCAGGAUAGCCAGCUGAAAAUAUGGAUCGUUUCUCAGCGAGGAGCCGCCUGUGCCAUGAAGCUGCUUCACACUCUCACCAGCCAGUCAGCGCCGGUUCUGUCUUGUGCCUUUUCUCUUGAUGGAGAGAUGGUCGUCUCUGGCUCAGUGGAUAAAAGUGUUGCUGUAUAUGAUGCAAACCUGGGAACUCUGCUCCACACUCUGAAACAGCACGACAGGUACGUGACGGCUGUUGCUCUGUCUCCUACCAUGCCGUGGAUUGCAACCGGCUCCAUGGACAGAAGCGUAAACGUGUGGAGAAUAGGAGAUGAAGCCAUCGAGACUGAAGCUGAAUCACAGCAGACUGUGUGCCAAGGAAGGAAGUUGCCGGGUCACUCCAGGCUGCUGCUCGCUGAUUGGUCGGAGGAGGAUGUGCAGACUUGGCUGUGCGAGGAAGGGCUAAAGGAGCUCAACAGCAUCUUUAAAGUCAACAACAUUGACGGAGCAGAGCUCAACAAGCUGAACAAGGAGACCGCUGCAGAGCUGGGAAUCGAGUCUGUGGGUCUUCGCGGUCGUCUCCUCAGGAAGAUUGAAGCCCUGAAGGCAGAGCAGAACGGGUCAGAGGCCCCAGAUGAGUUUCUGUGUCCAAUCACCAGAGAGUUGAUGAAGGAUCCGGUCAUUGCUGCAGAUGGGUAUUCCUAUGAGAGAGAGUCGAUUGAAAGCUGGAUCAGGGGCAAGAAUAAAACCAGCCCCAUGACGAACCUGCCCCUGCAGACCUCGAUGCUCACCCCCAACAGAUCUCUGAAGAUGGCAAUCACACGAUGGAAGUCGAGCCAGUAGACAGCAGCUUAAUUUAGAAGAAUCAACCUCAACGGGCUGAAAUGACAGGUACGGUGAACCACCGCUGGGAUUUUCAAAGUAAAAGCCUGAUCAGGUUGUUUCUGUGGCGAGACGACCCUCGUUAUCAAAAGUACUUUUAUUCUGAAAUGUUUCUGGGAUAGUUCCUCAGUUGUUGCAGUAACAUGCAAAGU